AGAUAGCGAAGGAGAAGAAGAAGAAGAAGAGCGCUCUAAUGGCUUCGCAUCGUUCUUGGUCUAGCCCUAGUUUGGUUCCUCUUCGGGGUUUUCUAUGGCUUUUGGUUUGGUUACUGUCCUUAUCGCCGGCGUUGGGCCAUUCCUUUCCGCGGGAUGGGACGGUGAUCGAGCUAGAUGAGUCGAACUUUGACGCUGCGAUCUCCUCCUUCGACUUUAUCCUUGUUGAUUUUUAUGCUCCUUGGUGCGGCCACUGCAAGCGUCUCUCCCCUGAGUUAGAUGUGGCUGCUCCAAAAUUAGCCGAGUUGAAUGAACCUAUCGUGAUUGCUAAAAUAAAUGCCGACAAGUACAGAAAACUUGCUACCAAAUAUGAUAUUGAUGGCUUCCCCACAUUAAAGCUUUUCUCGCAUGGUGUACCAAUAGAAUACACUGGUCCAAGGAAAGCUGAUUUACUUGUCCGAUUUUUGAAGAAGUUUGUUGCUCCGGAUGUUUCUCUUCUUGAGUCAGACUCUGCUGUUCAAAGCUUUGUUGAAGCAGCUGGCACACACUUUCCUAUAUUCAUUGGCUUUGGUGUGAAUGAAUCAUUAAUUGUUGAAUUGGCCAGUAAAUACAAGAAAAAAGCGUGGUUUUCUGUAGUGAAAGGUUUUUCUGAGGACAUCAUGAUAACUUAUGACUUUGACAAAGUUCCAGCUUUGGUGUCUCUUCAUCCUGCUUACAAUGAGCAAAGUGUCUUCUACGGCCCAUUUGAAGGAGAAUUCUUGGAGGAGUUUAUCCAACAUAAUCAAUUGCCCCUCUGUGUACCCAUUACCUAUGACACAGUCAAGUUGUUGAAUAGCGAUAAGAGGAACAUUGUGCUAACAAUAUUGGAGGACCAGGAAGAUGAGAAGGCAUUAGAAAUGGCCAAGAAUCUGAGGGCAGCUGCUUCUGCAAAUCGGGAUUUACUCUUUGCAUAUGUUGGGUUUAAACAAUGGGAAGAGUUUGUUGAUACAUUUGACGUUAACAAGAAGUCAGCUCUGCCUAAAAUGCUUGUCUGGGAUGGAAAUGAAGCUUAUCACUUGGUCACAGGUUCAGAAACCCUUAAUGAUGAGGAAGAUGUAAGGUCUCAGAUAAGUCGAUUUCUUGAAGGAUACAGAGAAGGAAGAACUAUACAGAAAAAGAUUAGUGGACCAUCUAUACUCGGCUUCAUCAACUCACUAAUCAGCAUAAAAACAGUGUAUAUUAUUGUUUUUGUGACUGCUUUUGUCAUGCUUAUCCAAUACUUGAGCAAACAAGGCGAUUACACUCCUUCAGUGGAACAAACAAGAUCACAGACUGAAGAGACUGAUAGAAUGGUUUCAGAGAGUGAAAAUCCUAGGAAAAAUUACCAACCUGGAGACAAGGAAGAUUGAUGACAAUUGCGUCGAUAGGAAUAACUGAGAUUUUCUUUUGUAGCACGAGGAGGUGGUGUCGGAUAGCUGUUUUCUUUGCUUACAGAUGAAAGAAUUAUCUAUCUAGUUUGAAAGAAUCCUCCAGAUGCAAUCUUAGCAGGUGAUUGAGUUGAUGAACACGGAGAACUUUUUCCUACGUUAUUCUUGUUUCGUCUUUGUUCAGAGCCUUGCAUUAUUAACUUAUGUGAUGUUUAUAUGGAACAAAAUGACAACCAUAUUUCUUUCUUUUACUUAAAAGUUAAUUCAUGAAGCUGCUUUCUUCUGUAACUCAUCGGUGCAAUUUCUGCAGAUUUAGUAAGGUUUUUGUUUCUGUGUUUA